UAAUUCUUCAAAAAUAUAUCCUGAAAUUCUACAAAGUGUAAUUAUAUUAUAUUAUAUUUAUAUAAAAAAACCCAGAAAUCCUAGAACAACUAGGCGCCGCUCUCACAUUUCGUCUCCUCUACAGCACGACACAAGGUAAGGUUGAUUGGUAUAUGAAUGAUGAUGGAGAUUAGCUAAAAUAAUUUGCAUAUUUCUAAUCGAUCUUAAUUUAACUUUCAGCCGAUAAUUUUGAUUGUUAUUAAACCAGCCUUCUUUCAGAUUUUUUUUUUGGAUUUCAAUGAUAUUUAUCGAGAAUCAUUUGUUGAGUUCCAUUUGAUCGACGUUUACUGAAAUGGCUGCGAUUUUGAGAAAAACCAGUCAAAUAAAUUCCAUAUUCUGCAAAACUCCCAAAAAUCCAUUUUUUGCGCUACCUCUUAAACCCUUGCAAAACCCCAACUCCCAAUUUUGUCAUGAGCUGCUUCGAGGAGCCUUUUCGACGAAGUCGUCGAAUUUCCCCGAAUACGAGAUGCCAACUGUGACUUGGGGUGUGAUUCAAGGCCGAAAGGAGAAAUUGGUGUCUAGGGUCAUAAUUUGUGAUUACAUGAAAUCCUUAGGCAUUGUGCCUGAUGAGCUAGAGGAACUCGAAUUGCCCUCCACUGUUGAGGUGAUGCGCGAACGAAUCGAGUUUUUGCAGAAAAUAGGCUUGACUAUAGAUGAUAUCAACGAGUACCCGUUAAUGCUAGGCUGUAGUGUGCGGAAAAACAUGGUUCCGGUGUUGGGAUACUUAGAAAAGAUUGGGAUUCCGAGGGCGAGGAUGGGGGAGUUUGUGAAGAACUAUCCGCAAUGUCUCCACGCAAGUGUUGUGGUGGAGCUUGCACCGGUGAUUAAAUUUUUGCGAGGGCUUGAUGUGGAGAAACAAGAUAUGGGUUAUGUGUUGAUGAAGUAUCCGGAGUUGUUAGGUUUCAAGCUCGAGGGAACGAUGAGUACGUCUGUUGCUUACUUGGUGAGUAUUGGGGUUAAUCCGAGGGACAUUGGUCCAAUGGUGACUCAGUAUCCAUAUAUCUUGGGGAUGAGAGUUGGGACAAUGAUCAAGCCGCUCGUGGAUUACUUGGUCUCGUUGGGCCUGCCCAAGAAGAUUUUAGCUAGAAUGUUUGAGAAGCGGGCUUAUAUUCUCGGUUAUGAUCUUGAAGAGACCGUGAAGUCGAAUGUGGAUUGUUUGUUGAGUUUUGGUGUCAAGAAGGAAGCACUUGCAUCCAUCAUUGCUCAGUAUCCACAAAUUCUUGGUUUGCCUUUGAAGGCGAAAUUGUCCUCUCAACAGUACUUCUUCAACCUGAAGCUCAAGAUCGAUCCUGAUGGAUUUGCUCGUCUUAUUGAGAGGAUGCCGCAGAUUGUUAGUCUCAAACAAAAUGUGAUUAUGAAACCAGUGGAAUUCCUACUGGGACGAGGUGUCGCUGCUGCUGACAUAGCGAAGAUGGUUGUCAACUGUCCCCAACUAGUUGCUCUUCAAGUCGGGCUCAUGAAGAACAGUUACUACUAUUUCAAGAGUGAAAUGGGCAGGCCGGUGAAAGAGCUUGUUGAGUUUCCUGAAUACUUCACUUACAGCUUAGAAUCAAGGAUCAAACCUCGUUACCAGAAGUUACAGAGUAGGGGGAUUAGAUGUUCUUUGGCAUGGUUCCUCAAUUGUAGUGAUCAAAGGUUUGAAGAGCGACUUCAAGGUGCGUACAUAGAGGCUGAGAGCUCUGGUCCAUCAUUCGUUAUGGGUGGGAAAUUAGAGCUUCCUGGGAAUAAUGAUGUUGUAUCGGAGGAGGAAGACGAGAGCGAUGAUGAAAUACUUUAUAGGCGUACUGUAUCUUUGUAGCCACGACAGACAGGGCAUAAGGUAUCAUUAUAUGGAAAAGGCAGAACCUAACAUGGAGCUUACUGAGGAUUUGACUUGUGAAUCAUGCUCUCUUUUUCGGAGUAUCUGACAACAAACAACCUGCUACGAUGUCUCCUAAAAAUAUGAGUGGCGAGAACGCUUGUGAAACCAAGCUCUUUGAUGGAGAAGAGAAGUGUAGGCCCAAGCUGAUUUCCAUUUCUUAUUCAUCAUCACCAGAUAUGGAAGUGCGGCCGCCUGUGGAGUUUUGACCGGUAGCAUAUGCCACAGCUUUGCCACACGCUACUAUGUGAAAUUCGCGGCCAAAAUUGUAAACUGAUUUUUCUUUUUUAGGAUUUGUGUUGCAAAACUUGUGACAUUUAACAACUCUUUUGUUCAAUGCUGUAAACAUGUUGUGGAUA